UUAAACCAACUGAUUCGAGAAGAAAUGUCUUAUGAUAUUACACUAUUGCAAACUGCAUUAAAUCAAAAUGUUCCUUUGCUGAAUAAAGACCAGCGAGCUAUUUAUUAUGCUGUUUUGUCUUCUAUUCAUGAUACGUGUACCUGCUUCUUUGUUGAUGGUCCUGGUGGUACCGGUAAGACUUUUUUGUAUAAUACCUUGCUGGCAACUGUUAGAUCCUGUGGAGAAAUCGCUUUAGCUGUAGCUUCUUUGGGUAUUUCAGCACUUUUAAUUGAUGGUGGAAGAACUGCCCAUUCACGCUUUAGAAUUCCUCUGAAAUUACAUGAACUUUCAACCUGCAACAUUUUCCGUAGAAGUAGAGAAGCCCGUUUAAUUAAUGCAGCUAAGCUUUUCAUC